AUGGCCUCAAAGAUAGAAGCUGCUUUAAGGACUCCCUCUUAUGCUCCCACCAUAUUUGACAAGAUCAUUAAUAAGGAAAUACCUUCUACUGUGGUUUACGAGGAUGAUAAGGUUCUGGCCUUUAGGGACAUAGCUCCACAAGCUCCUACCCACAUUCUAAUCAUUCCUAAAGUUAGGGAUGGCUUAACUGGUCUAUCAAAGGCUGAGGAGAGGCACUGUGAGAUUCUUGGUCGCCUUCUGUACACAGCUAAGCUGGUUGCAAAGCAAGAGGGUCUUGAUGAUGGCUUUAGAGUCGUAAUUAAUGAUGGACCAGAUGGGGGUCAAACAGUUUUCCACAUUCAUCUGCACCUCAUUGGGGGAAGACAGAUGGAUUGGCCCCCAUUCUAG